CAGGAUGGAAAAAUAUGUCCUGCAAUGAGGAAAGAUUUGAAAACAUCACAGAAAUACUACUGCUGUCCAAUUGAAGGCUGUCCUAGAGGACCAGAAAGGCCUUUUUCACAGUUUUCUCUUGUAAGGCAGCACUUUAUGAAAAUGCACGCUGAAAAGAAGCAUAAAUGUGAUAAAUGUACCAAUUCAUAUGGCACUAUAUGGGAUUUGAAGCGGCAUAUUGCGGAGUGUGGCAAGACUUUCCAGUGCACCUGUGGGUGUCCCUAUGCUAGCAGGACAGCAUUGUUAUCUCACAUUUAUAGGACACAACAUGAGAUCCCCAUUGAACACAGGGAUCCACCUAGUAAGAAAAGGAAAACUGAAACUUCACCAACUAAUUGCCUGGUGGAAAAAGAAACAGUGAACGAGACCUCAGCCAACAUCCACAGCAGAUGUACCAGCACUGAAGAUUUGGAGACCUCUGAAAUCAAAUUGGCAGCUUCCUUUGAUGAUCCCAACCAUUCUUAUACUACUAAGCAAUCACAAGCACAGCCCAGAAAUGCACCAAAGUUUCUCUUGCCUAAGCCUAAAGUGGGCUUGGUUAAACUCCCUGUAGUGCAGCUUACCCAGUUGCCUAUCUUGGUGUCAGCACCAAGCUCUUCUGUCAAGCCCAUUGUAGUGGCUGUGGAUGAGAAAGGUUCUGUUAUGAGUACUGUUCACUUAAUGCCUGUGCCAGUGGGAAUUAUGAUACCUGCACUGGAGACUGAAACCCUUGCACUGAAACCCCUCUCAGCUGUUUCCAGAGCCAAAAUGGCAGAUGGUACAAAGGCAGUUAGCACAGGCAUUCAGGUGAAUUUAGGUAAAGCUACUUCACAUAAUCCGGUCCAAGAUUUAGAAGCUCUAUGCUAUAAAAAUGGAAUCUGUUCCACAAAUGUUCAGACUGACCUGUCGUACAUUUCACAGAACUUUGUGCCUUCUGCACCUUGGCCUCCUGAUUCCUCAGUGUCCUCUUGUUCUCAGACUGACCUGACUUUCAGUUCCCAAAUGUUGCUUCCAGUUAGCGUAGAGACACAAACCCUGUUACCCAGUUCAAAACUGACUUCCUCCAUAGCUGCUCAGACAGAUGUGCUUGCUCAAGCUUGCUUUCAGUCCUGUGGGAUUUCUCGGGAGACUCAGACCAGUAGGUUACAAAAAGGUAUUGAUGGGAACAUACAAAUGGACCAGACCGUAACAUGCAGCAAUCUUUUCAACAGUGUUAGUUCGGUGUUUCCUGAUUCAAGCCCAGUGACCCAUCCUGGGGGGCCCUUGAUGGCAGCGAGCCUGGGUCAGAAUUUGCUACAGCAAGGAAACUGCAAAGCUUUGACCCCAGACACAAAGUGUGAGCCCAUGAUCAGCUUCAGCACACAAAAUGGUAUUCUUCCCCAGCAAAUUAUGACAGACAAUCAGACCCAAACCAUGGAACUACUGAACGAUCUUGAAACAAUUUUUUCAAAUAACUCAGCAGGUCACUCAUUGGAUAACCGUAGUCUUUUAACAGAUACUCACUCCAGUGUUGGCAUCGCCUUGAGCUCCGGCCCUACCCAGAAUGCAGGAAUAGAUUUUGAUAUAGAGGAUUUCUUUACAGCCUCCAACAUCCAAACUCAAACUGAAGAGGCUGAAUUUGGCAGCUUGAACUCUGUGCCAGUUUUGGAGUCACUAGAUAUUGAAACUCAAACGGAUUUAUUUUCAGACCAUGCUACCCAAUCCUAUACCUCUCGAGGUAAUUCUAAUUUCUUAGGCUCAGAAAUGUUUGAUACGCAGACCCAGACAGACUUAAAUUUCUUUUUAGAUACUCCCUACCUGCCUUUGGGGAACAUCUUGAAGCCCUCUGCCUUUUUGAUGAGCGCAGACUCUUCCGAUACAGAAACACAAACAGAAAUGAAGUGCCCUGAGAGGGAUGUGUCUGAUCAUAUGGCAGAAGGCAAAGUCCAGCUGAAUAGUGCUGAAACACAAACCAUGGAUAGCUGCCUUGAAACUCUAGGCAGUUUAUUUCUCACCAGCAAUGAGACUCAAACCGUUGUGGAUGAUUUUCUUUUGGCUGACUUGGCCUGGAAUACAAUGGAGUCACAGUUUAGUUCAGUAGAGACACAAACGUGUGCAGAAUUGUGCUCUUUGUUUCAGGGCUCUGAUAAAGUAAGCCAUUGAGUGCUGUUUGCAGACUUUAGCAUCUUUGAGGGUUAAGUUAUAUCGGGGGGGCGGUGAGGAACACCUGACCCGCGCUAGCUUUGCUGAACGUAACUGACUGUACACAGUUGGCUUACACACCUUGUCAGAUUGCAAGGUACUUUCACUGUUACGUAUUGUGAUUAAUUUAAACGCUGUUGCAUAUGAUUACAGUAGUACGUUAUGGUUGAACACUUCAUAAGGCAUCUGCUGCUUGCCUCUGCUGCCCUGAAUGACUGUUCAUAAACCCAGAGUUCUUAGUUCAUCAGUUUUAAUCAUGUCUGUCAUCUGACCUUGAUGCUGCUGCUGAAGCUGCCGCCUUUGGGAAUAACAGUGGGACUUCUGAGUAAAUACAAUUCUACCCCGAAUUCUAACUCUGUAACUUUCCUUUGUUUUGCUGCCUAUACUGGUGUUGGUUGCAUCUGUUUACAAGAAGUUUAUAUCAUAGAGGUGUCCAGCGAGUCCUGUGAAUUCAUUCUUCAGCAUAUUGAUUUGUUACAAUCGACCAGUUCUGCAAUCAUGUCAGUUCCAGUGUUAAAUGUAAUUUUCUAAGAAAAGCAGCCAAAGUCUAUAAACCAGAUUUUCUUUA